UGUGUAAUUAAUAACAAACAACUUUCUUAAUUUGUGUGAAAGUUAUCAAAGUGACUUUUUAAUUAUGUGGAAGUGAUUUUGAUUCAAAACUUAAGUCCAUUGGAAGCUUUUUUCUCUCUCUUUUUAGCCCUAAUUGAGAGGUCCAAUUUGAUUAAAAAGAAGUUGAUGAGGUUAAAGUGAAAUCUGAAUAUCUAAUAUGCCAAAAAAAUAGUGAAAAAAAAAAAGAUUGCAUCCUUAACUAAAUAGGGUUUCUUACUACUUGUUCAAAAAGUGACUACCAAUUCAUUUUGUUGUCGUGUAGUUUCAGUCAUUCUUUUGUGGAUAUGGUUUAUAGUUUGAUUGCUUUGUUACUUAGGGCUUCACGGUGAAAUUGAGAAAAUUAGGGUUCUUCUAAUGGACACGAUCAGUUUUUUGCCCGAUGAUUUCCUUUUGCAGAUCCUUUCACUGCUUCCUACAAAAGACGUCUUGACCACGAGUGUUUUGUCUAAACGAUGGCGAUAUCUUUGGAAGUUGGUUCAUAAACUCGACUACACCCAUUGCGACGGGAACGCUGACGAUGGGAGAUUUGUGAGGUUUGUGGACAGAUCAUUGCUGUUAAGCACAGCUCCCGUCUUAGAGAGUUUGCAGUUCAAUAUCCGUAGGAAAUGCAGCGACGUAGAUAUCGGAUUUUGGAUUAUAACUGCAGUGGAACGAGGUUUGCGUGAACUCAGUUUCAAUUAUUGGGCUCGUAAUACUACUAAUGAGCCUAGCAAAUUGCCUCAGAGUUUGUUUACUUGUGGAACACUCGUGGUACUUAAACUCAACAAUGUAUCGCUUGUGGAUGUUACGUUCCCAGUGUGUUUUCAGCUCCUCAAGACAUUGCACCUUAGUUGUCUGAUUUACCUAGACGAUGAAACUCCUAAAAAUCUUUUAUCAAGCUGCAAAAUUCUUCAAGAGUUGGUCGUGCACCGGGUAAAGAAUGACAAUGUGACAGUAUAUUCUAUUAUGGUGCCUUCGUUACAAAAGCUAGUCUUCGAUGGAAGAUUCGGUACUCAUGACGGCAUUUCUGAGUUUGUGAUGAAUGCUCCUUCUAUGAAGUUCCUAGAGAUCAAUGAUUGGAGUAACGAAUGUAUGGUAGAGAAAAUGCCUGAGCUCGUGGCUGCAAAUCUUGAAGCUAUCUAUUGGAAUACCGACAAUAUACUCAGAUCUUUCACAUCACUUAAACGUCUCUCGUUAUGUUUAGGCGAAGAGUCUCCAUUUCCUACUGGUGAAAUCUUCCACCAGCUUGUGGACUUGGAGUUUUGCACGUGUGAUACGGAGUGGGAUUUACUUAUGUAUUUUCUCAAACAUUCUCCGAAACUGCGAGCUCUCAGACUCAACGAUAGAUCUGGUGGUAUUUUUGGAGCACGAAUAGAUCAUUGGGAUGAGCCAAGUUCUGUUCCUGAAUCAUUGAUGUCCAGUCUUGAAACUUUCGAGUGGACAACUUACAGAGGAUGGGAGGUGGAGAAAGAACUCGCAACGUUUAUCUUGAAACAUGCAAGGCGUCUAAAGACAGCGACUAUCUCACCAAAACCCACCAGUCUGGAGGAGAAACAUCGAAUGCUCACGGAAUUGGCACUUUUGUCUAGAGGUUCAACGACAUGUCAGCUUGUGUUUGUCUGAAAGUCUGAAACCAUCUCAUUCUGAAGCAGUUUUGUUGCAUCUCUUAAACUAUUUGCUCUGUUUAUCUCAUUUGUCUUCUCUAUAUUUCAUAGUUAGAAUGAUUAGUCGACAUUCCUUGAGUUUUUACUGAAGUUUUUUUUUAUUC